AUGUGGCAUUCAGUCUCAAGCUGCAUUAUCUGUUACUCUUGACACCUAUUAGGAAAUCUAGGAGCAUCAUCUCCACCUAAAGUGAUGUUGUGGGAUAGCGUAUCAGCAGUGGCUUGAUAGGUCCAUCACUUUCUUCCUUCUCUCUCCCUAUAAAGUAAAUGAGCCUCUGUUGUCUAUGUCAUAGACUAGCUUCCAACCUCACAAUAGCACAGCUUGCUGUUUACCCAGAGUUUCUCUGUACUUAGGGGCAAAUAUGGGUUAGUUAAAAAACAUUCACCACCCUUACUAAUCACGGGCCAAGCCCUCUCAAGACUGAUGAUCACUAGGACUCAUGGUCUGACAUACUCCAGCUGCAAAACCUUAGGAAAGAAGCCUACCUGACUGCAGCGGCUAUUGGUCUGCAGCAUGGAAACUGCCUACCUGAAGAAGUGUUUUGGAAACAGCCUGACCCAGGCACUGGCAGAGGUGGCAAGCGUGCGGCCCAGUGACCCAAUAGAAUACUUGGCUCACUGGCUUUACCAUUAUAGGGAUGUGACUAAUGCUGAAGAAAAGAAAAGGCAAGAGGAGGCACAGCUAAAGGAAGAGUACGACAGGAGCCUCAAGGAAGGGAGAAUGGCCGAAAUGGUGAAACAAGAGGAAGAGCAGAUUCAGCAGAGGUGUGACAAGUGUCACCAGGAACUGCUCCCUGAAGCUCUUUCCUCAAAGACCCCAGCCCUGCAGAAAGACAAAGCACCUCUUGAGAAGGAGACUAUGGGACAGACAUCUCAGCCAGGUGUCUCCAGUGUGGCUGCAGAAAUGCCUCAAUGGGUUUUUACCUCUUGAGAAAAUGGCCUGCAAGAGGAACUCUCACUUCAGCUAAGAUGGAAGUGACUGAGAAGGAGGCAGGCAUCUACAGAUGCUCUGGUCUGCUAACCAUGAAUGCCUUUAAUCAUGUGAAGUUUUAGAUUAGCAUGAAUGUCUUUAAUCAUGUGAAGUUUUAGAUUAGCUAUUGGAUAAAAAUUAAUCCAAAACAUGAAUUAAAUACAGUAAGUCAUCAAACUGA